AAAGAAUAGUAUGUAAUGGGAGAUGCAGUUCAGUUGGAUAACAGCCCGAAAUGAUUUUCUCAGUCAAGAGAGUUCCUUUCAUUUUUAUUGGACAAUGUAAUAGAAAACGAUAGCAGGAUCUCCAGUGGCUCCUAUUAUGAGCUGUUUCUGAUAACGUCAGAAGUUGUCGAGUUGUACUGUUUCUGAGAGCCCAACUAGAGGUAGUCGUGAUGGACCACCAGCAACUAGGAGAGUUUUUCCAAGUUAUAAUAGAUUCUAUCAAUUCUUCCAAUUCAAAUGGGAGUUUGGAAGGUUCUCCAAAAAUCUGUGAAACCGACACAAUAAUUCCUGAAACAAAAAAUCUCAGUACAUUUACCACAUUUUACCACUCCGGCGCUUUGCUUCUAAACAACGAAGGAGUUGUUGUAACCGGUUUGUUAGCAACUUUGAAUUCUAUAGACUUCUGCUUCAUACUGAAAGAUAAUCUGUCUUACAUGGAUAAACCGUUACACGUAAUACCGUACCACGUAUAUUUACAGGCUAACUUGAAUAGACUUGAAAAGUUAUAUUCAGUGGUAAAUUUAUGUCGUCCAACAGAUUUAUCGUCUUCAAUCGACCAGAAGAAUUUUUUAGAAGAUUUAUGCAACGUACUGAAGAAACGAAUUAAUCGACAAAAUGCAGUAAAUCAAAGAUUAAACAAUGAAAUUACAAAUCUUUCCAAGCAGAUGGAAUCCAUGAAACUUGAAAAUCGGAGUUUGUAUAUCACUGUAGCACAACUGAAAAAGGACCAAGUUGGUUUGAAUACUAUACAUUCAGAAAGUAUGGAAACAGUUAGUCGCAUAAAUCAAUUGGAGUCUGAAUUAAAACAUUACCAAAAGACAAACGAAAAAAAUUCUGAACUUGUUGAAUCAAUUCGUAGUCAUUUAAAUGAAUCAAAUAAACGAUGUAAUCAAUUAACCCGAUAUUUAUCUGAUUCCCAGUCCUCACUUGAACAUAAACAAACUAUAAUUAAACAAUUAGAAGCCAAAUGUAAAGGAAUGACAAAUGUCAUUGAACAGAUGAAUGAGAGAAUAGCUAAGCUUGCCAAUGAAAAGGUUUCACAGGAACGAGAUUUAUAUAAACUACGUGAAGAGUUGUCAAACGCAGACACAAGAUCUGUUGAGCAGUUAAAAGUGAUUGAAAAUCAAACUAGUCACAUCGAAAGAUUAGAAACUGAAUUGAAUCAGCAAACAAUCGAGUUGGAUAAUUCGAAAAUGGCUUCCGAUCAGCUAAUUUUGUGUAAAUUAGAAGUUGAGGAGUUGGAUAAACAACUUAAAGUCUGGCGCAAACGGUGUGAAGAACAGGAGUGUAGUUUAUCCGAAAUGGCUGCUGUUGUGAAUUCGAGUAAGCUUGAAGCUGAAAGUUUGCGUGAGUCACAUAGUGCAUUCAGUGAUGCUCAAUGGGCAAAUGAUUCUGAAAAUCCAAACUGUUUUCUUUGUCAGAGUCCGUUCAAUGUUAGUCGUCGUCGGGUAUGUUGUUUCUGUAUGUAUAAUAAUUAGACUUCUCAUUUAUUCAUUUUGAAAGCCUAUCAUAAGAAACAGUUAUUUCUAAUAUCUCUUCUUGUUGUUGGACAAGUUAUAGAAUAGUUACAUACUGGUUUACUGUACAAAUUAUAAGAAUUUUUGAGCACCACUGCCGAAAUUGCGGCCUGAUAUUUUGUCACGAAUGUUCAUCCAGGAAAAUGAUUCUACCAAGUUCUGCCAAACCUGUACGAGUAUGUGAUACAUGCCAUGGAUUACUUUUACAUCGCUAUAAUGCUAAAUAAACCAUAAGAAAUAACUUUCAUUUAUAACAGAUUGCCAUUUCAUACAGUCGUUUUAACAAUACACUUUUCAAGUAAAUAACUAAAAAACAUACUUUUUUAGGUCUGAGCAUAAUAAACCAGUGUGAUAUAUUAGACUAAUGACUUUUAUGUUCAUUAUGUUUUGUCAUUUUCGUUUCCAAUUCCAUCAUCAGUUUUUCUUUUCACACAUUUCUCGAUUUUUUGGUGUAAUUUGACUAUUGUAUGUAUUUUGCCGUAUAGUUUAUUCUAUUUCGUUCAUUAAUUUUUAAUUCUUUUAAAUAGAUGAAAUCGUAAACUUAGAUUUUUUACUACUCCUAUGCUUCAUUAGUUUUUUUUAAACCCAUCUUAGUCAUUUCACCUUGCAUACUAUUUUGAUGUGAAAUAAUUUUCGAGUAUAAUUUUCCCUCCAUCACCCUAUUUAGAACAAGUUAAUGGUGGUC